AUGGCUUCAUUAGCGGUGGCCGAUGCAGAUAGGAAAAUUGAAGUGAGAGAUGGCGAUCUGGAAAGAGUUUCGGACGAUGAGAUCUCAGCGGCGGGGACGGGGAAGGCGGAUAUAUUACAGUUGGAGCAUACGGACCCGGUGUUGAAUGCUAAGAUGCAUCUAGUCAAUAACGCCAUUGAUGAAAUCGGAUUCACGAAGUAUCAGUGGAAGUUAUUCGUCCUGAAUGGCUUUGGCUACGCCGUCGACUCCUUAAUCCUGCUCAUCCAAUCCAUCAUUGCCGGCCAGGCCGCCCUCGAAUUCAACCCCUCUUUUGCUCGCGGACUCACCAUCGCUGUCUAUGUGGGAAUGCUGGUUGGCGCACUUUUCUGGGGUCUGACAGCCGAUAUUAUUGGACGCAAGUUCGCGUUCAAUGUCUCCUUAAUGAUCUGCUCCAUCUUUGCUAUUGUAGCCGGAUCCUCGCCAAAUUGGGUCGUCUUGGGGCUCUUCGUUUGUCUCAGUGCAUUCGGAGGAGGCGGGAACUUGGUGCUAGAUACGGCGGUGUUCUUGGAGUAUUUGCCGAGUAAAGACCAGUGGCUUUUGACUCUCAUGGCUGCUUGGUGGGGAAUCGGCCAAUUAAUCGCCGGACUCUUUGCAUGGGCAUUCAUCCCAAACUACAGCUGCUCCGACCCCACCAUCAUCCCAGACGCCGCCCCUUGCUCGUACGACAACAACAAAGGCUGGAGAUACGUGUGGUUUGCGUCCGGCGCCCUCGUCUUCGUGAUGUCGAUUCUCCGUAUCACAGUCAUCCGCCUCAAGGAAACCCCCAAAUUCCUCAUCGGUGAAGGCAAAGAUGAGGAAUGUGUCCAAACCCUCCAGGACAUUGCAAAAGAAUACGGCCGCCCAUGCUCCCUAACCAUUGAAGACAUGCGCGCAUGUGGAGAAAUCAACACCGAACGUCGAGGUUCGAUAUCGCAUGCCAAGUCGAAGUUCUCGCUCGGGGAAAUUGGCGUACACUUGAGGGGUUUAUAUGCAACGCGCAGGAUUGGGAUUUCCACGACUUUGAUCUGGUUUAGUUGGACGUUAAUCGGGCUGGCCUAUCCUCUCUAUAACGUCUUUCUUCCAUCAUACCUGGCGUCCCGCGGCGCGACCUUCGGCCAGACAUCCGUGUACAUCACGUGGAGGAACUAUGCGCUAGUCAACUUGUGCGGCAUCUUUGGACCUAUACUCGCGGGAUACAUGUGCGCCACGCGGCUUGGAAGAAAAUACACCAUGGUCGUCGGCGCGCUUGUGACUAUGGCGUUCUUUUUUGCGUAUACGCAAGUUCGCUCAGAGGCGCAGAACCUGGCCUUCAACUGCACUAUCAAUUUCUGUCUGAACAUUUAUUAUGGGACGUUGUAUGCAUAUACCCCCGAGGUACUACCGAGUGCACAUAGAGGGACUGGCAAUGGGAUUGCCAUUGCGUGGAAUAGGGUUAUGGGAAUUAUGAGUGCCGUUGUGGCGACAUUUGCGGAUACCAACACUCCAGUUCCGAUUUAUAUCUGCGCGGCUCUGUAUAUCGUCAUGGCUGGCAUUGCGGCGGUCUUUCCCUUCGAGCCGUAUGGUAAGAGGAGCUCGUAG